AUGUGGCUUCCUGGUGAGAAGGAUGCGGGGGAGCACCAACAAAAUUCUGAAGAUGAUUGCUGGCAGGUUGGACAACAGUUCUGCAUCACAUUCUACGUAAUUGCUGUCACCGUCGCUACGCCCGCCGACCCUUCAAGACCUAGACGUGAUUUGACAAGAAUUCAAAACAUUAUCAAAUGGCUAUUAGGGAUAAACGAAAGGAAGCUAAUACAGGCCGUACCUUUGAUUAGAAACGAGAAGCAGAGAGUUUAUACAAUACCAGCCGAUGAAAAAUUCCUUCUUAGAGCUCCAGCGCAAAUGGAAUUCGAUGGAAACAUUAGACAAGUUCUAGCAGGAGGGCCAUACCCCGAGAGACUAUACCCGUCAGUACAAACCAUUCCGAAUCCUUUUGUAUAUAACAAUUAUCCUUCUGCAGUGCAAGAAUAUGCUCAAAUAAGAGACGGAGAUUAUGUGUAUCGAAAACCUAUGUAUCUUUCAAACAGAUUACCAACGUAUCAAGAGUCUAUAAGACCUUUAUGCCCAAUAAGCAUUACCAAUGUAGAAGCAUGUGGAUAUGAUACUCGUGGUAUCAUAACAGAAACAAGCCAGCGUUUGCCGCAACCGCCAAUGCAUAUUCGGAAUAGAAUGCGUGAGAUAAUAGUAAAUCAUCCAGUUUCACCACUUAAUGUACAACAGGAUAUUGCUAUGCCGCCUCCGGAAUUAAGAAAAGUUAAUGUUUUCGAUUAUUCUCGUAAUCACGAUGAAACAGAGAUAAAUGAUGCUACUCUUAUUAAAACAGAAGGACAGGUGGAACCAAUACUGAGUAUAAAAUUAAAUUCUGAAGCUGAUACCAAUGCGCAAGGUCUGGUAACGAACACUGAUAUUAUCACGAAGAAUAAAGUAACAUUUGCCGCUCCAGUACAUUCGAAAUAUAGGUACAAAAUGAUCUAUCAUAAUCAGCCAGAAAGAAACACUGUUGUUGAAAUGGAUAGCAUGGGAUCACCGACCGCUAAACCGAAUGAAGAAGCAUCGACCCCAUCAGUUAAGGAAAGUACAGAUGUGAUGAAAAAUCCGGCUAACUACAUCUAUAUGCCACCUGUUAACACGGAAAUACCUCCUCCCGGGCUACCGAGUGAUGUUACAGCUCAAAAGAAACCUGAAGAAACUGAUAGUUACACCGCUGUUGCUAGCGAAAACAAACCGAUUGUGGAUGAGUCAUCUUUCAUAAAUACCGCUAGUAGGGAAAAACCCAGUAGAGUUAUAAUAAGGCGUCGAAAACUUAAGUCGCGGCCAGAAAACGGCCGUGGAGACAUUCCAGAUAUAUCUUUACAAUGA